AUGGAGAAACUCGUCCAUUUCCGUUUUCGAGGCUUGCUCCGCGUUCAGGGCUUGACUGAGGUGGUCAUCCAUUUCACUCAUCGUUUGUUCGUGGUGUAUGGCGAUGUUGGUAUCUUCGUUCUGGUCGACGCCUACUCGUGGUACAUUGCUGAUUCCCAGGGGGUCUUGGGAAAACCGUUGCGCGAGUGGGUUUCUGCUGUGUGGUAAGCGGAGCACGUAUUUGGCUUUAUUACGGAACCGUUGUUCUUCAUUGUUGUAUAGCGCCGUAAGAUAAAAUUCGUUCGAAUUGAAAGAUGGCUUAUGCCAGGAUCAAGUUCUUCCCAUGACUGGUCAAGUGUUUCCCUCAAAAUUCGUCUUUUUUUCGAUCUUAAAACACAAGUAAUUUCUGUAAUUUUACGUGACUCCAACCAUAGAAAAACAAUGUUCUUUUUUUGAUACCACCCUCAUUAAUCCCCGAUAAAAUUCCCUACAGGUCAAUAAAACAAUAAUUUUGGAAGGAAGACUUGUCCAACCCACGGGAAAAACUUGACCCGACCCGCAGUGUGGCCCCAGAACACUUGGCUUCAUUCUAGUUUGCUCCGACCAAUACCAUUAACCGUCGCAGGUAGUUAACCACAUGUGGGUUCGAUUUGCUCGGGAAUUACAUCCACACAUUUCCGAGUGCACUCGGUGGAAUUUUUAUUCCUUUCCGAUAUGCUCGGAACACCUUUGUUAAUAGGCCAAUAUGGUGAGUAAAUGGCGGGGAGCUGUGUCUCCAGUGGUUUGCGUGAAACUCCGGCUAAAGGGAUGUUUUCCCUUUGACUGACGGCUACGAUAAUUUUGUUUUGACUCAAAAAAAAAACACGCUUGGUUGUCGAGCUCUAUCGCCGAGGGAGCUGCACUACGCUUGAGAGUUUUUUGCCGGGCAAACACAUGUUGCAUAGUGCAAAGUGAACUUUUGUUUUCGCGCCAUGCAUGUCGCAAAAGUAACUUCAAUGACUUUGCAAACGGACCAGUAUAGGACCGGAGGAUCCGAAGUGUGGCGCUUGGAAUUUCUUUAAAUUUUUGCACGUCCUUCGGGCCUAUGCCACAUAUGAGCUCCUGAAAAAAUUGAAAUUUUCAGCUCGCGAUUUUUAUGUACAACCAAGAUAUUCAACAAGCUUUUUUGCUGAAUUUUCGAAAAGUUGCCUCCAUUUUUUUAAUGGUAAACUGCUGCUUUUUGAUUAAGCUAUCACGUCGACAUUCUAACCAAUAUUCUACCAAUCGGUCGGGAAAAUUAUGAGCACAAGGUCUCUGCGUGACGUCGCUGAAGUGAAAAGCAAUACACUGCUCGCCAAAAUUAUAAAUGCACCUUUAAAAUCGCUGUAACUUUUGUGGUUGUCAAUAAAACUGUGCCAUAUUUGGCUCCAAUAUGUAUUAGUGUACUAUAAAUCUUGUACCAAAAAAUCAUUUUGGAAAGUUUCCACAAUUUGGAAAAAAGUUGAAAAAACCGAAAUUUUUGUGAUUUUCUUUGCGACAAAAUUAUAAAUUCGCGCAAUGUUUUGCAAUUUUCUUGCCGCUGGUGCUGAAGCAAAGUAAUUUAUUGGGCUUGGUGGUAUUCUUAGGGGUCCUUCUGUCAUGCUACGAGGAAAAAACGGUGGUAAAAUUUGUGAAGGGCGGAAUUACGGCUCUGAAACGGCAAGGACCUUAAGUUUCGCAGAUUUCGGCGCAGGCAGGCCAUUCAGCCGGAGUUGUGAAGAACUACUCGACUCACUCGGAAGUCUUCAACACAUCUAAACGUUCUGGCAAAAAAGGUUUACCACCGCGGCAAAGUCAAGGCAAAGAAUUCCGCCGAACUUCCAUCUCCACCAUCUCUGGGUCCCAUAUAGAGCAGGAAACAGGUCUCAAUUGUUGCAGCAUAGCUAUGCUGAGGGCCCUAAGACACAGCGAUGUCAUCACUGGACGCCAUAUGAAAUCGUGCCCCAAGCUGGCCUAG